UGUCAGCCAAUCAUCUUAUUACCAGUGUUCUUUGGGUGUUUCAUUAACCACAUCGUCGUAUUUUUGACUGGACAGGCUCCCUUCCCCGAUGGAUAUGGGGCUGGAGUUCAUUUCGGCUUGGUUGAAAAUGGGUUGGCAAACUGGAGCUACUUGGGCUACCUCUCGAAUGACCGUCCUAGUGCAAUUUUUAGGGUGUCUGGCUUAAAGCUAAGUAAUAUUUCAAAUCUCUCUAGCGGAAAUUCGGUGACUGCACAGGUGGGAAUUUCCCUCGAACCGCUGGCUGAAUUAGUAGGACAAACGUCUGCGAUCGGGAAUUCUUCCAACUCUGGCAGCAUGGAUGAUAACAUGAGGUUUACUCAAUUUGCAGCUGAGAAUUUAUUCCAUUUCGUUGCCGGUUGCGCGCAGGAGGUGCCGGGUUCCUCAGAAGCUUAUGUUCCUAUGUCGUCCAUCAAGCGUUGGUUUGAAACAAUCCGACGUAAACUGUCGCUUGAUCCAAACUUCUGGAAAAAAUGA